AUUAAUGUAAGUAUGAUAUUUAUUCUAAAUGUAUUAAUCAGUAAUACAUGCAUAUAGUGGCUAAUAAUGCGCAUCUACGGAUGUACACGUAAUGUCAUCGUUAAGAUGGCGCUGUCCGCAGAAGUAUUUCGUCGCCGGAAUACCAGGAUGCCCCAAUUAUCUGCCCUUCUCCUUGGUCUGAUGUUGACACAUCUUGCAAGUGCAGUCAGUAAAGACAAUUUCAAGACGUGUGACCAGAGUGGAUUCUGCAAACGUCAUCGAGCCAUGCAGCCAGGGGCCAGUCCCUAUGUGGUACUGAUGGACACUCUAAAGAUUCAACCCACAACAAUGGAGGUGCAAGUCCACAACACCAAAAAUAAUGUCCGGCUUCUCUUGCAAGUUACUGCGCUCAAAUUUAACAGCGCAAGAUUUAAAAUCAACGAGCUUAAUCCGAUACGGAAACGCUACGAGAUUCCAGUGGGGGAUGCACUUGUUGGAGAACCAAAACAGCAGGACCUCAAAGUUCUAGAACGUACGGAUGCAAGCAUCACUUUGGGCUUUGAGCAGAACAAGAUUCGCAUCACUGGAGCUCCAUUCCGUAUUGAUUUUAUCUCAAAUGAGGAGCCCGUUAUCAGCAUCAACAGCCAGGGUCUCUUCAAGUUUGAACACUUCCGAGAAAAGUCUCCGCAACAGCCGGGCUGGAUAGAAGGGCUUAGCUCAUGGUUUUCCAACCGUUUCAGACCAGCCGAAGAAAAUCAGGACGAGAAACCAGAGGAACAAGCGAAUGGUGACGUGGUUGAAAUGGAAAUUAAAAAGAUGGCUGGUGAGGGUGGAGAGGCGGGGGAGAAGAAGCAGGACAUGCCCCCAAAGGAGGAGGAGGAGCCUGGCAUGUGGGAGGAGACAUUCAAGAACUUCCAUGACUCUAAACCAUACGGUCCAUCUUCCGUCGGUAUAGACAUCUCAUUUCCAGGGUUUGAACAUGUCUAUGGAAUCCCAGAGCAUGCAGAUUCUAUGGCCCUUAAAACCACCAAGAGUGGAGAUCCUUACCGCCUGUUCAACUUGGACGUGUUUGAGUAUGAGCUCUAUAACCCCAUGGCCCUGUAUGGAUCCGUUCCAGUCAUGCUGGCCCACAAUGAGAAACGCACAGUAGGCAUAUUCUGGCACAAUGCAGCUGAGACGUGGAUCGACAUUUCCUCAAACACAGCUGACAAGAACUUCCUGUCCAAGAUAGCGGACAUGGUGGGUGGUGGCAGUAAGGAGCUGCCCCAGACUGACACCCACUGGAUCUCUGAGAGCGGGGUGGUAGACGUGUUCAUCAUGCUGGGCCCCACCGCCCAGGACGUGUUCUAUCAGUACGCCCAGCUCACCGGCACCACCAACCUCCCACCGUUGUUUGGAAUUUCAUAUCACCAAUGUAGAUGGAACUACAAUGAUCAAGACGAUGUUAAAAGUGUCGAUGCAAACUUUGAUGUAUAUGACAUUCCUUAUGAUGUUAUAUGGCUUGAUAUUGAGCACACAAAUGGAAAAAGGUAUUUCACGUGGGACCCGGCCAAGUUCCCAAACUCUGAGGAGAUGAUUAACAACGUGGCGAGCAAGGGCCGCAAGAUGGUGACCAUAGUGGACCCCCACCUAAAGAGCGACUCCAACUACGGGGUGUACGUGGAGGCCCGCGACAAGGGGUACAACGUCAAGAACAAGGACGGGGGAGACUACGACGGGUGGUGCUGGCCUGGUUCCUCCAGCUGGCCUGACUUCACCAACCCGGAGGUACGCAAGUGGUGGGCCUCGAAGUUCCUAUUUGAGGAGUACAAGGGCAGCACACCCAGUCUGUUCACGUGGAAUGACAUGAAUGAGCCGUCCGUGUUCAACGGGCCUGAGAUCACCUUCCACAAGGACGUGAAACACAUGGACGGCUUUGAGAACAGAGACUUACAUAAUAUGUAUGGCUUCUAUGUGCAACAAGCCACUGCUGAGGGCCAGUUACUGCGUAGUAACAAUCAGGAGCGCUUCUUUGUGCUUACUCGUGCCUUCUUUGCUGGAUCACAGAGAUGGGGUUCUGCCUGGACGGGUGAUAACAUGGGUGACUGGUCUCACCUGAAGGUGUCCAACCCCAUGAUGCUGUCCCUCAACCUCGUGGGCAUCACACACUCAGGGGCAGAUAUUGGGGGCUUCUUCAAGAACCCAGACACGGAACUGCUUACCAGGUGGUACCAGGCCGGCGCCUAUCAGCCGUUCUUCCGAGCCCAUGCCCAUGUAGACACCAAACGCCGGGAACCAUUCGUGCAGCCCGAGGAAAACAUGAAGAUCAUUCGAGACGCAAUCAGGGCCCGUUACUCCUACCUGCCCUUCUGGUACACGCUCUUCUAUGAGGGAGAGCAGAAAGGUGUUCCACCAAUGAGGCCCUUAUGGGUGGAGUUUCCAAAGGACCCAAAUACGUUUACUAUGGACGAUGAGUAUUUAUUAGGUUCAGCUCUGCUUGUAAAGCCAAUCACGGAGCCAGGCCAGACUGGUACACAAGUCUACUUUCCGGAUAUGGACGGGGUCUGGUAUGAUAUAGAUACGUACAAAGCCUACCAGGGUGGUCAGUCUACCUACGUAGAAGCGCCUUUAUCCAAGAUUCCAGUGUUCCAGAGGGGAGGUACAAUAGUGCCAAGGAAGUUGAGGAUCCGUCGCUCAUCGUCUCUAAUGGUGCACGAUCCAUUCACACUUGUUGUUUGUCUUAAUAAAAAUGGUUUUGCCAAUGGCAGUUUAUACGUGGACGACUAUCACACAUUCAACUAUAGAAAGGGGGAAUAUAUAUUGAGAUAUUUCACUUUUGAACAUAAUGAAUUACUAAGCCAAUUGGGUGAUCAGUUUGGUAAGACUGCAACACGAGAGUGGGUGGAGAAAGUGAUAAUUGUUGGUCUCAAAGCAGAACCUAAGAGUGUAACACUCCGAUCUAAAGGUGUUGAGAGUUACUUAGCAUGGUCUUUCAAUUCUGCCAGUGGGCAACUCAUUAUACGGAAGCCAGGGGUCAAUAUUGCCACAGAUUUUAGUAUUAAAUUAUCAUAGUUCAUGUUUUCAUUGAAAGCCUACAAACAUCGAUAUCUGGAUUCCAUGUGUGAAAGAAUGUAAUGUGAGAGAGAAAAUGAUGUUAAAUGAAGAUUUUGGUAUUAUCUAUAGAACUUACAUUUUAACAUUUAAUUAUCUGUUUAUCUAAUGUCAUAUAAAAUAUGUGUAUUUGGCUACACCAUUUAGGAAAUAUUGUUAUUUUGAAUCUUAGUGUAUACAGCUAUUUUUUUGUUUUGUCUUCUCAGUAUUGUAAUGUAUAUUGAUCUAACUAAUUAUGCCCCCCUUCGAAGAAGAGGGGGUAUAUUGCUUUGCUCAUGUCGGUCUGUCGGUCGGUCCGUCCACCAGGUGGUUGUCAGACGAUAACUCAAGAACGCUUAGGCCUAGGAUCAUGAAACUUCAUAGGUACAUUGAUCAUGACUCACAGAUGACCCCUAUUGAUUUUGAGGUCACUAGGUCAAAGGUCAAGGUCACUGUGACCCGAAAUAGUAAAAUGGUUUCCGGAUGAUAAUUCAAGAAAGCUUAUGCCUAGGAUCAUGAAACUUCAUAGGUAGAUUGAUCAUGACUAGCAGAUGACCCCUAUUGAUUUUCAGGUCACUAGGUCAAAGGUCAAGGUCACGGUGACCCGAAAUAGUAAAAUGGUUUCCGGAUGAUAAUUCAAGAACCCUUAUGCCUAGGAUCAUGAAACUUGAUAGGUAGAUUGAUCAUGACUAGCAGAUGACCCCUAUUGAUUUUCAGGUCACUAGGUCAAAGGUCAAGGUCACGGUGACCAGAAAUAGUAAAAUGGUUUCCGGAUGAUAACUCAAGAAUGCUUAUGCUUAGGAUCAUGAAACUUGAUAGGUACAUUGAUCAUGACUGGCAGAUGACCCCUAUUGAUUUUCAGGUCACUAGGUCAAAGGUCAAGGUCACAGUGACCCGAAAUAGUAAAAUGGUUUCCUGAUGAUAACUCAGGAAAGCUUAUGGCUACGAUCAUGAAACUUAAUAGGUACAUUGAACAUGACUCGCAGAUGACCCCUAUUGAUUUUCAGGUCACUAGGUCAAAGGUCAAGGUCACAGUGACAAAAAACAUAUUUACAAAAUGGCUGUCACUACAACUUAGAGCCCAUAUGGGGGGCAUGCAUGUUUUACAAACAGCCCAUGUUAAGGUUUGUUAUAGAAUCAUGUGCUCAAUUGAAGUUUAAAGCUGUUUAUGAAUAAUUGACCUGUAGUAUGUGAUAUUUGUAGGACAUAAUAACUGUUUCUAGAAAUGAGUAGAACAACAGGAUUAAGGAUAAAAUAUUAAACUUUCAAAUUGUUCUCUUCCAAUACUUAAAUAGUGAAAUGAAAUAUGACCAACAUAUGUCUGGGCAUUACUAAUACUAAUUUGUGUAGUGCUACAUUAGCAUAUAUAUCACAGGACAUGCCUUUGCUUAUGUUGUUGCUGAAAAAAACAGCUAUUUCAUUAGCUUUCAUUUAGACUUUAACAUUGAAACCAGUAGCAUGUUUUUACAACAUUAAAAUCAGGAUUGUGACAAUCAAGUUUGAGAUUUUGUUUAAAUGAUUUUUGGUGGAAAGUGAAUAUAUUUAGAAAGAUCAAAUUAUUUUCAUUUUGUCUCAAAAGUUACCUAACAUUUUAAUAUUUUAAAAGAGUAGAAUAAUAAACAAAAUAUACAAGUAUGUAGAUUUGUAUGCAAACAAUGUUUUGGUAAAUACAUACAAUAAAAAUAAUGUAUAAAUACAAAUGAAUACCAUAUAAAUUUGAUAUGUCCAUUGUAAUAUCCAAUGAUGUGUGAUCAAAUUUUGUCUGUGUGAACUGAGCAGUUGUUGUUGUGAAAUAAGAAAUUGCUAUUUAGUCAUAACAGCGUUGGAAGUGUGAUUUUUGUGUGAAUUUUGUUGUAUUCAUUAGUUAAUUUGUUGUUCACUGAAAUCUUUCAUUUGUGUUGUACAGGUGCACUUUGGAGUAUAUUGUGUUUGUAGUUUAUAUUGAUUUUUGGACCAUUUUGUUAGACUGUUUUUUUCUGUCUUUUGGUAUGUCUACAUUUAAACUUUUCUUUAUGUAUCAAGUAUGCUAUCAUUACUAAAAGUGAACUAAAAAACAACAACACAUUGUGCUAAAUAGACUACAUGUGUUGAACACAGUCCUAAUACUGCUUUUUACUUUAUUCAUAACAUAAUGUUUAGUGAUAAAAUUUGUGUAAAAUAUCAUGAUAUAAAAUUAUUUUUGAAUUUUAUGACAGUGAUCUAACUUCGUUAUGGGUCGUUUGAUAUGUGCACUUCUGCAGGGUUUACGAAUGUUGGCUUUGUUUUGGUAAUUUAAGUAUAUAAAGUAUAGUGUUACCAAAGACGGGUUUUCCCUGUUCAUAGAAAACACUUCUUUCAAUUGAUUUGUUUUGCAACUAGUAUCUGAUAUAUGAGAAAUUUAUGUGGAAUAAAAACAAUAAAAUAUCAGUUUUAUGCCAUUGGCACAAAAUACAUCUGCUGCUUUAUUAUGUUACAUGGAAAACAAAGUUUUUAUCUUCAUUACAUUAUUAAAUGACAUGGUACUUAUUUAAACUAGUUUUUAUCUUUCAUACAAUAUUUCAGAUUUAUAUGGUUAAGUUUAUGUACAUGACGCCUUUUUAUCUAAAUGAAGGUCAUCUCAAAAGAAAUAUCUAUGAGUGUAUUUUUCUUGUAUGUAAUAUUUUUCUGUUCAAUCGUGUGUUUGUUCAAAUUCAGUCCGAUAAAGCCAGUAAUUUCAUCUUGCUCUGAUUUCUCUACUGUUCUUAUUGAAAUCCAGUUUCAGACUGUCGUUUCAUCAGUGAAAACCCUGUGUUUUAAAAUUAAUGUAACAACAUAUAAUAUAUUAAUUAUUGUUGGUAUCAUUCCAUUAAAGAAAUUAUUCAUUUUUACUACAAUAUGACCUUAGUUAAGCUAAGCUAAAAAUAGCUUAAGAAUGUCAGAAAAUUGGGGCCUUGUAAAGUACCAAAGAUGAGUGCUUAUUAUUACAUGGGGUGAUGGUUAUUAUUUGAAAUUUUACUAAUAGUGAUGUAUUAACCCUUCACCACUAAGAUACACAUUUCGACGCAUGUGUAGUCCCUUAGAAAGUUAAAUUUUAUUAAAAACCUUUCUUAGAAGAUUCAAGUUUUAUAUUCAUUUUCAACCCUUAGAUACUGAUGAACAGCAAACAACAUAAAACCUGAUCAGACUGUGCGUUACUUGCAGGCUGUUCUGGUUUUAUGCUGUUUGCACGUAGCCAUUUUUUGUUUGCUUCUAAGUGGGAAAGGGUUAAAUUAAAUGCCUGGAACCAUAUGUUUCCAGUUUCAAUGAACAUACCGUAGUGAAAGUAAAGAGUGUCUGCAAGCGUGUUAUAUGUAUGUGUGUUUGGGAUAUGCAUGUUAUUGUGGUUGAAUAGAUUGUGCAUUUUAGUGCUCAUCAUACCCUUCAAGGGGUACAUUUUCUUUGCAGCAUGUGAUAUGACGAAGAAAAAAAUCUUAUUAUCAUGGUUGUCUUUUACCAAAACUAUCCUAUUCAUGUAGAAUUCCUUUAUUGUAUUAUUGCCAAGGCACUUAGGUCGAUUCUGACAUCUAAAUGGUAAUGAAUGUGAGAAAUAUUGAAAAUGUUGUAUACUGUUAUGAAUUGUCCAUUUGGGUGCGCAACCUGGAGUUAUCGUCAUAUUGAUUUGUCACAAAGGUAACUGUGCUGAAAAUGUCGAAAUUAUUUAGUCGCGCUCUCUGAAAAUAGGGUUUAAUGCAUGUGCGUUAAGUGUCGUACCAGAUUAGACUGUGCUGUCGGCAAUGGCUAAUCAGUGAUGACACUUUUUGCCUAAACUGGAUAUUUGCGAUGAAGACAUUUUCUUUAAAAGAAAAUUGUUAUAAAAGUAGAAAGUGUCGCCCAGAUUAGCAUGUGUGGACUGCACAUCUUUUCACAGAGCACGGCCUAAAUGUAAAACGUCUAUGCUGUGGAAGAUGUAUAAUAAACAGUAAAAAUAUA